AUGACGUUUCCUAAGAAAAUUUCUCUGUUUAAGUUUUUCACCCUUUUAUAUCUAGUCUUUACAGUUACUUUUGUUUCCACAGAGGAAGCAACAGCACUCCUAAAAUGGAAAGCAACUUUCAAUAACCAGAAUAAUUCCUUAUUGGCUUCGUGGAGACAAAGUUCUAAUGCAUGCAAAGACUGGUACGGAGUUAUAUGCUUUAAUGGUAGGAUAAACAGGUUGAAUAUUACAAAUGCUAGCGUCAUUGGUACACUAUAUGAUUUUCCAUUUUCAUCUCUCCCUUUUCUUGAGUAUGUUGAUCUUAGCAGGAACAAUAUCUCUAGCACCAUCCCACCAAAAAUUGGUAAUCUUACUAAUCUUGUCUAUCUUGACUUGCGUAUCAAUCAGAUUUCAGGCACAAUCCCACCACAAAUCGGAUCACUAGCCAAGCUUCAGACCCUCCGCCUAUUUGACAACUAUUUAAGUGGUGCCAUUCCAAGAGAAAUAGGUUACCUAAGGUCUCUUACUAAGCUAUCUUUGGGUACUAACUUUCUUAGUGGUUCUAUUCCUAUUUCAUUGGGGAACUUGACCAACUUGUCUUUUCUGUUACUUUAUGAAAAUCAACUUUCUGGCUCCAUUCCUGAAGAAAUAGGUUACCUAAGGUCUCUUGGACAACUACAUUUGUGGAGUAAUUCUCUUAAUGGUUCUAUUCCUGCUUCAUUGGGGAAUUUGAACAACAUGUCUAUUUUGGAUCUGUAUGGAAAUCACCUUUCUGGCUCCAUUCCUGAAGAAAUAGCUUCAUUGGGGAAUUUGAACAGCUUGUCGCUUUUGUAUCUCUUUGAUAAUCACCUUUCGGGUUCAAUUCCUGAAGAAAUAGGUAACCUAAGGUCUCUUACUAAGGUAUUGUUGUAUAAUAACUCUCUUGGUGGUUCUAUUCCUGCUUCGUUGGGGAAUUUGAACAAUUUGUCCCUUUUGCAUCUCUUUAAUAAUAACCUUUCUAGAUCUAUUCCUGAAGAAUUAGGUUACCUAAGGUCUCUUACUAAGCUAGAUCUGAGUAAUAACUCUCUUAGUGGUUCUAUUCCCUCUUCGUUGGGGAAUUUGAACAACUUGUCUACAUUGUAUCUUGCCAACAAUAACCUUUCGGGAUCCAUUCCUGCUUCUUUUGGCAAUUUGAUAAAUAUGAAAGGUUUGUUUCUCCAUAUUAACAAUCUCACCGACGAAAUUCCUUCGUCUAUGUGCAAUUUGACAUCACUAGAACUGUUGUAUCUCACGAGAAACAACUUGAAGGGAAAAAUUAUGCAAUGUUUGGGUAAUAUCAAUGGCCUCCAAGUUUUGGCGAUGUCAGGUAAUAAUCUUAGUGGAGAUAUUCCUUCAUCUCUUUGCAAUUUAACAUCACUACGAAUUUUAGAUUUGGGUAGAAACAGUCUUAAAGGAGCAAUUCCGCAAUGUUUUGGCAAUAUGAGUGCUCAUCUUGAGGUUUUGGAUAUACACCACAACAAUCUUUCUGGGACUCUUCCAAUAACUUUUAGCAUUGGAAGUGUACUCAGAAGCAUCAACUUGCAAGAGAAUGAACUAGAGGGGAAAAUCUCUGUAUCUUUGGCCAAUUGCAAAGAGUUGCAGGUUCUUGAUUUAGGAGAUAAUUACCUCGUUGACACAUUCCCAAUGUGGUUGAAAACUCUUCCAAAGCUGCAAAUAUUAAGCUUGAGAUCAAAUAAAUUGCAUGGGCCCAUUAGAACUUCAAGGAAUGAAACCAUGUUUUUUGAGCUUCGAGUCCUUGAUCUCUCUUACAAUGCCUUCAUAGGAAACUUACCAGUGAGCUUGUUUCAACAUUUGAAAGCCAUGAGGAAAAUUGAUCAAACAAUAAAGGCACCAACAUAUCUUACUAUAAAUGUUGGGGUAGGAUAUUACCACGAUCCUUUGACAAUUGCAACCAAGGGACUGGAGCUUGAACUUAUUGGAAUUUUGACUGUUUACACUGCUAUUGAUCUUUCAAGCAACAUAUUUGAAGGACAAAUUCCAAGUAUUAUGGGAGAUCUCAUUGCACUCCGGGUGCUGAAUUUGUCUCAUAAUGUAUUGCAAGGUCAUAUACCACCAUCACUUGGAAGUUUAUCUGUAGUUGAAUCUUUGGAUCUUUCGUUUAACCAGCUUGUAGGAGUGAUACCAAAGCAACUUGCUUCUCUUUCUUCUUUUGAAGUCUUAAAUCUCUCCUACAAUCAUCUUCAAGGAUGCAUCCCUCAAGGACCUCAAUUUCAUACCUGUGAGAGCAAUUCAUAUGAAGGUAAUGAUGAAUUACGUGGAUUCCCUGUUUCAAAAGGUUGUGGUAGUGAUACGUUGCCAGAGACAAAUUAUACUGUAUCUGUGCUAGAAGAUCAAGAAAGCAAUUCUGUAUUUCUGAAUGAUUUUUGGAAAGCUGCUCUUAUGGGAUAUGGAAGUGGACUAUGUAUUGGAUUAUCCAUAAUAUAUUUCAUGAUUUCAACUGGAAAUCCGAAAUGGCUUGCAAGAAUCAUUGUGGAACUGGAACACAAAAUGAUUAUGCGAAGAAGAAAGAAGCAGCGACGUCAAAGGAAUCACAUAAGAAGAAAUAAUCCCCUUGACAAAGAAAUAAUGACAAUUGAGACUGGAACUCCCUCUGCGAAUAUUGCACCAGCGGUUACUCCUACAACCCGUACCGCUGUGCCACCGACUGAGAAACCUGCGAAGUUCACCGGUGACAACUUUAAAGGAUGGUAG